AUGGCAGCAGGUGAGGUGCUGCUGCGCUGUCCCUGCUGUAGACCGUCCGUCCUCAGCAGAGACCGGGCCUGCCCCUCGUCUUCCAGCCCAGCGUCUGGUGUGUUUCACAGCCCCUCCGUGGGACAACAAAAGACCAAGGCUGCCAGCACCAAGCUCCAGGCCGUGCAGGAACAUGCCGAGAAAGCAGAUGGGGUUUUUGUAAUGUGA